AAGGGUGCAUGAGGAAAUCAUAAUAAACAUUUUUUUUUUACCAUUGGAUUCACGUUGUUUUUGUUUACUAUGCGGCUGUGAGGCGUAGAUUCUGUGAGAAUAUUGACAAAAAGUAUGUGGUGUUUAAAAGGAUUGAAUUGAUAGUUUGCGAUUAAGUUAAAUAAAAAGAAAGCAAAAAUGCCUUGGUACUUACCGUGGCCAGAGAGCAUAAUGAAACGUGCUUGUAGGUAUUUACUUCAAAGAUAUUUAGGGCAGUUUCUAGAAGAGAAACUGACCUUGGAUCAGCUGACGGUGGACUUGUACAAAGGCACAGGAUCUGUGUCGGAAGUUCGUUUGGAUGUCGAGGCCCUCAACGAACUGGGCGCGCAGCAGAACUGGCCCGUGCAGUUCGUGGACGGCUACGUGUCGGGCAUGUGUGUGUCCGUGCCGUGGGCGUCGCUACUCAGUGACUCCAGCUACGUGGAGGUCACGGGCCUCUGCCUCACUGUGCAGCCCAAGAAGAGGGACGACUCCGGGGCAUCCAUGUUGGAGUCCAUGUGGAGCAGCAUGAGCAGUAGUAUGCAGCUGGCAGAGGAGUGCUUGAAGGAACAGUGUCUUCAAGGGGAGGCGGAGCCGCUUCAAGGCCUCGAAAUGUUCGCACAGGCUAUUGACUCUAUUCUGUGCCGCGUCAAGGUCAAGUUCGUCGACAUGCUGGUCCGUGUGGAGCACAUGCCCAAGGCUAGCAGCUCGGGCGUGGCCAUCGAGAUCAGGAUCAAGAACAUCGACUACCUGGACGAGGCGGGCAUGGACCCUCCAGAGCCGCCCGCGUCGGACGCGGCACGCUUGUUUCAUGUGCCGGCCUUCUCCACCAAGAAGUUCUGCCUGGAGGGUGUGUCGCUCUUCACAGAUGAGUUCCCAGCGCACGCGCGCACAUUCUGCCGCUCCGUGGACACGUCAGCUGACUCCUCUCCGGAUGGCAAGACCGGUGCGGGCACCGACCCUGGCUGGGAGGCACGCCCGGUGCUGUGCGGCAAGCUGGCGGGCCGACAGGAGCUGCGCGUGAGGCUGCGCCAGGGAGAGGGGGUGGCAGGCCCCAAGGUGGACCUGGAGCUCACGCUGGGCGCGUUCACGGCCUUCCUGUCGCCACGGCAGCUGCAUGCCGUGCUGGAGAUGGCGCGCGGCCUGGCGCAGCCCGACACUCAGGACACCAGCAACGUGCCAGGACGCGCGCGCGGCGGGGAGAAGCCCAUGCGGGCCGCUGACUUCCAGCGCGUGGAGCAGGAGCUGCAAAACCAGCUGACCGUGCCGUUGGGCGCGCAGGGCGUGGGUCUGCAGCUCGCGAAGGGCUGGUCCUCCGCCUCGCUCGAAGACAGUGAUGAGGAGUUCCUGCCAAUGCAGACCGCGCUCGGUGACAGUGUUCUGUCGACCGCCACAAGCCUGGACGGCUCCGUCAGCUCGUCCGUCAGCAGCGCCAGCAGCGACCUCAAGACUGCCAGGCCCCUUGCUGCGCAGGCCGCAAACCUCUCUGCUCCCGACCACAGGAAGAAGAAGCACAGAGACGGGGCGCAGACGGAGCUGGCGGCCGACGUGACUCGGUCUCGUGUGCGCCUCGCCAGCGUGGCGGUGGUGCUCCUGCACGAGGACGUGCUGACCGUGUGUGCCGGGGGCGACGGGGCGUCCCUCGCCACGAGCUCCGUGCGGCAGAUGCAAGCCGCCGCGCAGCGCUUCUUCCUGCAGCUGGGGCUGGGCCCCCUCGGCGGCAAGGACUUUGCUGCAUCGCGGCCCCGCUUCCAGGCAGCCUGUGCGCUCAACCACAUCAGGCUUCUAGCCGCGCCGGUCGUGCUCGAGGCCAGCGAGAGGACGUGUCAGGCCACGCGCUUCAUCAGCGGGUGCGUGACGGUGGCACGGCUGGAGCUGCUCGAGUGCCUGGAUGACCAGGGUCGUGUCGAGCUCGUCGAGCUGCUGCGGUUCAGCGACCCGCCCCUGGGAACGCCACCGGACCUCAAGCUGCACUUCAAGUACGCCGAGAAGUCUGUGCGCCGUGCUCACAAGAGGCUCUUCUGCCAGCCGCGCUCCGACAUCUCACUGGACCUGGCGCCGUGCUGGCUGGAGCUGGACGUGUCCGUGGUGGACCGUGUGUCUGCGCUGCUCAACCCACCGUCGCUGUGCCGCCGCACGGGCGCCGCCCCUCCGGGCCCCGCGAGCCAGCAGGCACUGUUCCACGAGGCGGUGGAGUCGCAGACGCCCGAUGCCCGCGUCGAGGUGAAGGCGACUGCCUCCCAGGUCUCCCUCAAGCUCAGGUUCCCCACGCCCGACCUGCGGCCCAAGCACAACAUGGACCGCCUGCCGUGGUGGCGGCGCUGCGUCAGGAAGGACUACCUCACGUUGCAGCUGCACGACUGCAGCUUCUGCACGGCUGGCGAGGGCACGGCCGCGCCCACCCGCUACGAGCUGCAGUGCCGCCAUGUGGACGCACACUUCCAGGAGGCAGACACGGAUGCGCCGGUGAGGUUCUUGAGUGCGUCGUGCGAUGACGCCGGCUGGCCGAGGCUGGUGGUGGUGGUGCGCCCCGCCGCUCUCCCAGGUGCGUUGGAGGAAGACCCCGCGCCGGAGAGGGGUGACGCUCUGCUGCGGUCCAUGUCGGAGCCUCUGGAACGCGCGUCACGCCGUGAGCCGUCCCCCUUCGGCUCCAAGAAGGUGGUCCACAAGAGCGACACUCCACACGGCAAGGCCGCAGGUGGUGAGGGGGAGGAGCAAGUGGUGCCAGGGGACCGACAGGAGAUGCAGCAGUUCAUGGAGCACGCGUCUCAAAACUGCCGCGUGCAGCUCGAGGUCAACCUGCCCUCUGCGUCCAUGCUGCUGCCGUCCAAGCACCUCUACGAGAUCAUCUACAACAGGAUCAACACGGACAUGUUCCUGUGGGAGCCAUCUGCUCCCAAGCCGGUCGACACACCCGGUGCGGGGCCCAGCCUGCUGCAGGACUCCUUGUAUGCUCCGUACUCCGCCUUCGGCAUGUGCCGCUCCGGCAUCCAGUACGACUCUGACGACUCUGGCUCGGAGGACGGAGCUGGGGACGGAGCAUACUACUCGGUGUACGAACACCGCGAGCGUCAGCGCCGCAAGCAGCUGGAGGGCCGGCCCAGUUGCGGGCAGAGCAAGGUCGCCAUAUCGCUGUCCGUCGGGCGUGGCGUGAUGCGCUUGUAUGCCCCAGUGAGGGACUCGGCAGGCAAGGUGAUCCCUGGCCAGCUGGGACAAGCAGAGCUGUUGUUGGAGGAGGGGAGCCUGUUCUCCGUGUCCUGCUACAAUGGCCGUCCCGCGCUCGGCUACGUGUGCCUACAAGCUGCGCACGCAUCUCUGUACCAUGCCGGCCUGGUGCCGGCGCCGAGCGAGACGCCGGAACUGUGGGAGGGGGGUGGCGGACCAUCCGCGCACCUGCAGCCUGUCAUCUACCCCUCGGAGCGCGGUGCACGGAUAGGCAAGGCUGCGCUGGAUGCAGACACCCUCUCUGUUGCCAUCCAGAUCCGAGCUGACGAGUCCACCCACAACAUCAAGACGUUUCGUGUGGCGGCUGGGUUGCGUGGCAGCACGCUACGACAUCGCAUGUGCGUCAGCAGUCACAGCUGGUUCACCCAGCUGCUAGACUUCUUUGACGUGAUGGACUACCCGGUCGCUGGCUAUGACCCUCCAGGCGUGAUCACAGAGUUACACCUGCACUUUUGGGACUGUGCUAUCGACUACCGGCCGCUUCACCUGCCGCUGCGCUCCUGCCUCACGCUGGGCAGCUUCAGCGUCACCAGCAACAUCGCAGCGCAGACCAGCUCCUCCACGCUGCGCUUCAUCGCUGAGGACGUGGCCCUGUUCCUGAGCGAGCGCGCGGGCCCGCGUCGGCGCGCGGUCGACCUGCGAGACGACUAUGUGUGCGUGCUGGACCUGGGGCUGUUCGAGCUGUCCCUGCGCCUGUCGGACGCCCCCCGCGCGGACCUGCGCGCCUCCAACGACGCACUGCACCUGCGCACGUGCGCCGACUCGGCGCGCGCCCUGGCCGACCUGCUGGCCUACUUCUCGGCGGACGGCGACCUGGGCGGCGCGGAGCGGGCGCGCAGCGCGAGCGCGGGCUCCGAGACGGGCGGCGCCGACCCCGGCAGCCUGGGGCACGUCCACGACCUCAUGGAGGAGGCCAUGAGGGAGACCCAUGGCAGCGCGGCCCCUCACGAGGCCGGCGAGCAAGGAGAGGGCGUCGAAGUGUUCUUCUUCCCGGACGAGAACAGCCGUCCUGCACCCAGCUUCGACGAAGACGACGAGGAUUCCGAAAGCGACUUCUGCUUCAUCGAGAAAGAAGUGGGCUUGGGAAGACCGAGGAAGAACGGGUUGCCGGAGGUGCGCGCGCUGGGCUCGGAGCCGGUGCGGAUCGUGGACAACCACUUCUUCACGCCGGCGGGCAAGACGGAUCUGCUGCAGGCCCCGCGGCACUACCCCCCGCCCGUGCUGCGCUACACGCUGCGCGAGAUGACGCUCGUGUGGCACAUGUACGGUGGCUCGGACUUCUCACGCGCGCCCAAGAAGGUGUGCGUGGAGGACAAGCCCCGCCCCGGCACAAAUAGCUGUCCAUCCUCUCCGCCAUUCAACAACUUGCACCUUCAGCGCUCGCCAAGUGACACGCACGUCUCUGGAUUCGGAGGCUGUGUCACAUUCAGCAAGACCACCCCGUCAGAGGUGCGGUUGGAGACUCGGCGCUCGGCCGGCGGCCGGGUGGAGGCAGGCGCGUGGCAGAGCCGCGGCGGGCCGUGCCGCCAGCACGACGUGCUCAUGGAGCUUCAGCUCAACAAGGUGCGGUUCCAGCACGAGGUGUACCCGGAGCACAGGCGCGAGGCGUCGCGGCAGGUGCUGCUGGUGGGGGAAGUGGAGGUGCGGGACCGCCUGGCGUCGUCGCGCAUCAACAAGCUGCUGUACCAGUACGUGAGCGAGGCCCACCCGCGCCAGUCGCACGCCAGCAUGCUGGUGGUGAAGGCGGUUCACGUGCGGCCAGACCCGCGCCUGGCCGCGCAGGAGUGCUCCCUCAAGGUUUCCCUGCUGCCGCUGCGCCUCAACGUCGACCAGGACUCCCUGCUCUUCCUCGUCACCUUCUUCAGCCAGUUGUCGGCCGUGCCCGCGCGUCUCGAGCGAGCGGGCAGCCAGCAGGGCACCCCCACACACCAGCCGCCCGUCAUGUUGGUGAACGUGGAGGGGCGAGAGGCGGAGCCUGCCCCUGAGCCUGAAUCCCUGUUGAUCCUGCUGGAGGAGGAGUCCGGCAGGACGCCGCCCCCCACCUGGGCCCCGCGCUCCGCCGACAUGCCUCCGCAGCCGCCUGUCUACUUCCGGAGCUUCGUGUUCUCGCCGGAGGUGCCUGUGCGACUGGACUACCACGGCAAGAGAGUGGACAUGGCGCACGGACCGCUGGCCGGCUUGCUGCUCGGACUGGCGCAGCUCAACUGCUCGGAGCUGCGCCUCAAGCGCAUCUGUCACCGCCACGGGCUGCUGGGAAUAAACAAGCUCGGGAGCUUCGCGCUGGCCGAGUGGCUGCAGGACAUCAAGAAGAACCAGCUGCCGAGCCUGCUGGGAGGCGUGGGGCCCAUGCACGCGCUCGUGCAGCUCUUCCAAGGGCUGCGCGACCUGUUCUGGCUGCCCAUCGAGCAGUACCAGAAGGACGGGCGCAUUGUGCGUGGCCUGCAGCGCGGGGCGAGCUCCUUCACCACGUCCACCGCAAUGGCAGCCAUCGAGCUGACGAGUCGCCUCGUGCACGCCAUACAGCUGACGGCGGAGAUGGCAUACGACAUGGUGUCUCCUGGACCGAGCGCACGGCAGCGCGCGCGGGGAGUGAAGGGCCGGAGGCGCUACCAGCAGCCGGCGGACAUCCGGGAGGGCAUGGCGAACGCGCUGCAGGUGUUCCGCGAGGGGCUGGACGAGACGACCCAGACGCUGGUGCGCGUGGCCAGCGAGGAGCACGACCAGAAGGGGGUGUCCGGCGCGGUGGGCGGCGUGCUGCGCCAGAUCCCGCCCGCCGUGGUGAAGCCCAUCCUGCUGGCCACGGAGGCCACCAGCAGCGUGCUGGGGGGCAUGCGCAGCCAGCUGGUGCCGGGCGCGCGGCGCGAGGCCGUCGACAAGUGGCGCGCGGCCCAGUGAUGCCCGCUUUGGACAUCAACUGUAUAGAGACCUGAAAAAUUUGCGGGUUCAUUUCGUGGUAUGCUAAAAUUCAAAUACGUAAUUAUACCUUAGUGCUGCUUCUGCCAUUGGUUUACUGUUAAUCUGGAGGAAUGAGGGCCAAUUAGAGACCCUCACUCAUAGAAGUGUCGAAUCACAGACCACCCGGUCGAGACGACUCACGAGUCAGCAGCCGAUGAACAGUUUGCAUUUGCCCGAGUGUGUAGAGGAUAUUGGAGUCCAUCCUGGAGGUCAUUGAACCCGCGAAUUUUUCCGGUCUCUACAAAUGUAGAUUUCACUGGCCAUUCUCUGGUUGUAUCGUAAUGAUUGAAACAGACGACAUCGCCGAUGCAUUGUUUGCAUUCCAGGUUGCUGCAUUUUCCAAAUGUUUAAAAAAUUGUUAUUCCAAGGUUAACACCCAUGCCUUCAAAGCAACUAAAAAUCGAUUAAAAUGUUAAAAGAGAACAAAAAAAAGUUAAUCUGAAUUUUUGAAAGAAAAAAAAAUUAUAUCUUGCACAUUACUCAUAUCCAUGUGAGUCAGUGGGUGUAGUGAGUGACCUGAUGCAUGUCCACGGCUGCCGACUGCCCGUGUCUCACUGCGAGAUUGCUGUUGACGUGUCCUUCGACUGACUGCGUACGUUGUGUCGUGUUCUGUAAGAGCUCCGUCUUGCGAUUGCCAGGAAUGUAAUGCAUCCAUUUUAAAAGUUUAAAAUUUUUCAAAGCUGUGAUUGUGCAAUAUUUUAUUUUAAAGUAAGCAACUUAAUUUGCAAUUGUGUUUGUUCUAACGCACAUUUUUAUACAUGUACAUAUUUUUUAGGUGUAAAAAUGUUGCAUUGCUGUCGGCAGUGUAGGGUUAAGUUUUUUUUUUUUUUUUUUUAAUUUUUCUUGUGUGCUUUCUACUUGACAUUAAAUAAAGAAUAAACACACAAAA